AUGAUACGCUAUCUAUCUUUCAUUGUAGUUUUUUGUUUAAUACUUUCAAUUGAAACAACAAUAGGACCUGGUAGUCGUAAAUCAUCAACUCGUUCAACAGAAAAAGUAACAACAACAACACCAUCACCAUCUGUUCGAUCAACUCCUUCACCUUCUCCAUCAUCAUAUCAAACAUUAUCACCAGCAAAAACUAAUGUUUUACAACGUAAUCUUGUAGAAGAAAAUACUAAUCCUCAAUCAAUUCUUGAAAAUUAUCAAUCAUAUUGUUCAAAAUGUUUAGAAACACGAGAAUUUAAUAAUCCAACACUUGUUUAUAUAACACCAUGGAAUUCUCAUGGUUAUGAUAUAGCAAAAAUAUUUACAAAAAAAUUUGAUUAUAUUUCACCAGUUUGGUUUAAUAUAAAACGAACAGAUUUUGAAAAAUAUACUAUUAAUGGUAUACAUGAUAUUGAUCAAAAAUGGAUUGAAACAUUAAAAGAAAAAAAUUCUAAUGUACAUAUUGUACCACGUGUUAUAUUUGAACAAUGGUCUACUGAUGAUAUACAUGCAUUAUUUCAAUCGGAAAAUGAAAAACAACAAUUAGCAUUAACAUUUGAAAAAUUUCUUAAUGAAUAUACAAAUUUAUUUGAUGGUUAUGUACUUGAAUUACUUGUACAAUUUCGUGGUGCAUCAAAACCAAUGCUUAAUCAUAUAAUUAGUGAUAUUGCUGAACAUGUACAUCAAAUAGAAUAUAAUGGAAAAAAAAAAGAAAUUAUUUUAGCUAUACCACCAUAUGAAGAAUUAUUUAAUAAAGAUGAUUUUGAAAUGUUAUAUGAACAUUUAGAUGGAUUUAGUGUUAUGACAUAUGAUUUUCCUAAUAGAGAACCAGGACCAAUUGCACCAUUAGGUAUAUAUUAA